ACUGCAGGGCUCACGGGCCCCCGGACGGACUCUGCCCCAGUCCACUCCAUUCCCUGCUCCCCGCUACUGCUGGUAGCAGCGUAGUGCUCUCCUCGGACGACCGCAAUGGCGGACGUAGUGGCGCGGCGCGGCGUCGCCGUCGCCGCGGCGGAGGCGGCGGCAAUGCGGGGGCGUGGGGAGGUGGACACGUCGUCGCCGUUCGAGUCCGUGCGGCAGGCCGUCGACCUGUUCGGCGGCGGCGGCGGCGCCGUCUCCCAGUGGCGGCACCAGCGGGCGCCGCUGCCCGUCCAGCUCCGGCCCGAGGAGGUAGAACUUAUGAAAGUUGAGGAACAAACAGUGAAGCUGGAGAUGGAACUUUUUGUUAAGGAAAGGGAAACAUUUAAGGUCUUGAAAGAACUACAAGCAACAAAGCAGGUUAUUGAUGGCUUGAAAUUACAAAUAGAGAAGGUAACAUUGGAGGGCACAAAUGCUGCAAAUUGUCUUCCUGAUUUCGACCCAAAAUCCAGUAGCCAUACCGAUCCACCGAUCCAGAGCACAAAAAGCACACAGUCCCCACUAACCACAUUGAUCAAGCUGAAUCUGGCAAAAGCAUUCCUUAACACUGAUACUGUCAACAUGCUAAGGAGCCAGAUAGAGAAGGAGAAAGGAUCACUUGAGAAAACCCGUGAAAGGCUACAAGUGAACAUAGGGAAGGCUUCAUCAUUAGAAGCUGAUUUGAACAAAACUGUCGCACAGCGGCAAGCAGUAAAAGCUUCACAAUCUAUCCUUGAGCCUUCUGAAAUCUGGUUGCAGAUGAAGCAUUUGAAUUCUGAGAAAGAGAAGCACAGGAAGAUGGCUGAGGAUUCGAAAAACGAGAUUUGUGAAUUAACAGCUGCAAUCGAACACACAAGGUCUAAGACGAAGACCCUGCAGUUCAGGAUCGUCAUAGCCGAGAAAUUGAAGGAAGCUUCGAGACGUGGAGAAGAUAUUGCUCUUUCAGAGAUGAAAAACCUGAACAACGGGCAGGACCUUGGUGCUGCUACUUCCGAUGUCACACUCUCUGUUGAGGAGCAUGCUAUGUUUGUGCGCAAAGCACAAGAUGCGGACGACACCUCUAGAAAGAGGAUUGACGCAGCAAUGCAAGAGCUAGAUCAAGCAAACCAGUGCAAGCUAGAACUUUUGGAAAGAGUAGAGGAAGCAAUGAGAGCUGUUGAGACAAGCAGGAAGGCUCUGGAGGAGGCCCAAAAGAGGGAAGAAUCUGCAAACAAGGCAACGCUAGCAGCCGAAGAGACGCUUCGAAAGUUGCGGUCAGAUCAAAUAAUCCAAAACUGGCGACCGAUCAACAACAAUUCCGUGAAGUUCAAGAACUCAGCAGUGACACCCCGGAGAGCAGGCUCCGGGAUAUAUGACGUGAACGGCCUGAGCCUGGUGACCGCCGGGCCACAGAACACAAAGACGGUAUCCAUCGGACAGAUCCUGAGCAUGAAGCUGAACCGUGAGCUUGUAGCCGGAAAGAGCACGAACGCCAGGAAGAAGGUCUCGCUCGGGCAGAUCCUAAGCCAGAAGUACGAGGUGCUCUCUCCGUUGCGGAUAGAUCACGACGGCGCUUCUCGCAAGCAGUUUCAGCCGAGGAGGAAGAGGAUGGGGUUCGCCGUUUACGCGUUGCUCCUCGCGAAGCAGAAGCACAGGAAGAGGCAGGCAGCUUCCUGCACUCAUGGCAGCUUCAGCGCAAAUGUACUGUAGUUAGUUUUGCUGGUGGUCACUAGCGCUUUAUUUCCUAAGAUCUCGGAAUAAACGGUACAUGUGUAAUUAGUUAGAUCUAUGAAGAAAGUUGAUAAUCCAUUUAGCAGCUACUCUCUGGU